UCUAAAAGUCCCUAGACUAAUCAGAAGAAGAACAAAAACAAGUAUCUUUCUAGCUCUUUCUCUCCAUCUUGUGCGAGUGCGUACGCGGGUGCAUAGGGUGCUAUUAAAUGCAGACCACUUUGUGCUGUUUUAUUGAAACCGAUGAGGGGCAUUGAAUAGUGUCCAUCGAAUUCGAGAUUGAACAUGGCUCGUCGCAUAGCGGUGGUCGGUGCUGGAGCUUCGGGCCUCCCCUCCAUUAAAACAUGUCUCGACGAAGGGUUACAACCUGUAUGCUACGAGCGUACGUCCCACUUGGGUGGUUUAUGGUAUUAUUCUGAUGAUGAUCCUCGAUCUGAUCCGCACGGACCUGCAGCUAUCUACUACGGUCUUCAUUCCAACGUAUCCAAGGAAAUGAUGGCUUACUCAGACUUUCCAAUGAAGAAGUCUCUACCGCCUUUCCCAAGGGCAAGUGACAUACAAGAGUAUUACGAGCGGUAUGCCAAUCACUUCGAUCUUCUCAAGCAUAUCCACUUCAAUGUCGAAGUCGUGUCCAUCGACCAGGCCGAUGACUACAAUAACACCGGUCAGUGGAAGGUAACAGUCCGCCCAAUCUCUGGCGAGAUAAGAAGCGAGGUGUUCGACGCUGUGAUGGUGUGCACUGGCCUGUAUCCUGCUGGUUACAUGCCCGACUAUCCUGGGUUAGAUUCCUUCAAAGGAAAGAUCAUGCACAGCCGUCAAGUCAAACGAGGGUCUUGCUUCACAGACAAGAGGGUGCUUGUUGUAGGUUCAGGGACCUCAGGAGGAGACAUUUCCACCAUUGUCAGUCAUCAUGCAAGUCAGGUAUACCUGAGCAUGCGGAAAGGAGCGUGGUGUAUUCCACGAUUCUUUUACAACAAUCAAUUCGUCCAGGAUUUCCUCGAACAGAGAUGGAAGACUUGGAUUCCCCCACGACUCUUUAAGAACUGGCUGUUAAACAAGCUGAACUACCACAUGAAUGGGGAGAUGCUGGGUAUACAGCACUUCAAACCCCCAUUCUCUGUCCAUGCAAUGGUCGGUGAAGACCUGCCUGCUAGUAUCAUGGAAGGAAGAGUGAGAAUCAGGAGUGGGAUAGAAAGAUUUGAAGGUUCGAGUGUCCAUUUUGUAGAUGGUGCGGUGAUUGAAGACAUUGACUGUGUCAUCUUUGGCACAGGCUACAGGCUCAAGUUCCCUUUCUUCAAGGAGGAAGUCAUACCAGAUGGAUACGAUAAGAUAGAGCUGUAUCAGUACAUGUUUCCAACUAAAUUUUGCCACCCCACCCUAUCCUUUGUGGGGAUCUGUCUUCCCUACACCAUGGGUGUCAACGGACUCUCUGAGAUGCAGGCAAGGUACAUCACAAAGGUCAUCAAAGGAGAGGUCAAGCUACCUAGCCUCACGGACAUGCAACAGGAGGUUAUAACCAGAAAGGACCUGAACUACAAACAAUUUCAAGAUCACUGCCCAUUCAUACUCAACCCAACCGCAUACCGUGAUCAGCUAGCCAAAGCGAUCGGGGCGCUACCAAGUUUGACAAAGCUUCUCUUCACCGAUCCUGUACUAGCUUACUACUUCUACUUCACACCGGCCUACCCACCCUCGCACAGGUUAGUUGGUCCCGGGGCCACGCCCGGUGCGAGACAGGCUCUUAUUGACGGCAAAGAGAACCAGGUACAUGGUAUUACAUUGACGUCAGUGCGUAAAGAUGCGAGGGAAGGUUUACAAGCGUUUAAAGAAAGUCAGAGGUCCUUCAUCAAGAUCUAUGUCACUAUUGGCGCCAUUUUGUCUCUACUUGUGUACAUGUUUCUCCGCUAAAGAAGUGCCUGUAUCAUUACGAAAAGCUCUGGUUAAAACUAUACCCCACCACUAUAACACAGGAACCAAUGUAAACCAGGUGGGGUAUAGCUACCCCAAUUUCGCCUCUCUCGUUUUGACAGAGCCACUAAUACCCCACCACUAUAACACAGGAACCUAUGUAAGCCAGGUGGGGUAUAGCUAUACCCCAAUUUUGAUUCUCUCGUUUAAACUUGGACAGAGCCUUGCAGUUCUGUGUGAGAGAUGGCAGCUGUACUCUUCAUCAUCUUACGUAAUAGUGUAAACAAACUCUUACUGGGGCUCUGCCUGAAAGGAGAUGAGAAGUAGGAAAUAUAUAUUUUACUUGUUUUAAGAUAUUUUCCUGUCCAAAAGUCAUUUAUAAUUAAGAUGAAGACCAUAAUGAAAGUUCAAACGAAGCAAAAUGACCAAGAAUUGGGGAUAUAACAA